AUGCCUAAGAUUACCGAAAUCUUCUUUGAUUGCGAUAACACACUAGUCCUCUCUGAGGAGCUGGCCUUUGAGGCAUGCGCCGACCUUACAAAUGAGAUCCUGGAGAGCCGCCAUAUCUCUGAUCGCUACACAGGGGAGCAGCUGAUCCAAGACUUCGUCGGUCAGAACUUCCGUGGAAUGAUGAUCUCCCUUCAAGCCAAGUACAACUUCGACAUGCCUGGAGACGAACUCGAAGCAUUCGUUAAGAAGGAGGAGGACAAAGUUAUUGCUAAGCUGGAAGCGAAAGCCCAGCCUUGCGUUGGUGCCACUGAGGAACUUGAGAAGUUGUAUGAGGCCAAGAAGUACCACUUGGCAGUUGUCUCCUCAUCUGCCUUGCGCCGUGUCCAGGCCUCCAUCAAGAAAGUCGGGCAGGACAAGUUCUUUGACGAGGAUAUGGUCUUCAGUGCUGCGACCUCUCUCCCCAAGCCCACCUCCAAGCCCGACCCAGCCAUCUACCUCCACGCCCUUGAAAAGUGUAAUAAGAAGCCAGAAGAGACUGUUACUAUCGAGGACAGCAAGUCUGGCGCUCUUAGUGCUAUCCGUGCCGGCAUUCACGUCAUCGGCUACGUUGGCAGCUACCCCGGCGAUGAGAAGAAGGUCGAAAUGGCGAAAUUCCUUAAGGAGCUUGGUGCCAAGGUCAUCAUGAACGAUUGGUCAGAGUUCCAGGAUUGUCUCUCUCAAAUCGAAUCAGCUUGA